CUGCUCAACUCAUCGGGACGCGAACUCCGCAGAGCCUUGUUCUCCUUGAAGCAAAUCUUUCAAGAUGACAAAGAUCUGGUUCACGAGUUUGUCAGCAAUGACGGCUUGGCAUGUUUGAUCAACGUUGGCACUAGUGCAGACCAGAAUUAUCAGAACUACAUUUUGCGAGCCCUUGGCCAGGUGAUGCUCUACGUGGAUGGAAUGAAUGGCGUGAUUGAGCAUCCGGAGACAAUUCAGUGGCUCUAUGGUUUGAUCGCCUCUGAGUAUCGUCUUGUGGUAAAGACGGCGCUGAAACUUCUACUCGUCUUUGUUGAGUACGCCGACAGCAAUUGCCUUAUUCUAAUCAACUGCAUACGAGUUGUCUCCACUGAAAGAGGCGUCAAAGCAUGGCACAACAUAAUGAGCAUCCUCAAUGAAAAGGACUCAGCGGACAUUGAGCUGCUCAUCUUCUCGAUGACGCUGAUCAACAAGACGCUGAACGGCAUACCUGACCAAGACACCUACUACGACGUCUGUGAUGUGCUGGAGGAGCAGGGAAUGGAGCGAAUCAUUCAGCACUACAUGUCCAAGCACGGCACUGACCGUGACUUGCUGCAGCAGUUCCGCAUAUACGAGGCAGUUCUGCGCCGAGAAGACGGCGACGACGACGGCCGUGGCAUUCCACCUGACACUCGCCAGCUGCCUCGAAGUCGCAAGCCAGGCCCCGAAGAGGACAGACGGAAAAGCAAACGGCACUCCAUUGACAGUAUCAGUCUGUUGAAGCAGCCCUUUGUCGGCAAGCCAAUCACCACCCAAUUGGGUGACAGCAACAACAACACCAGCAGUCCCAGUCUGGGCAAGUCCAUCAGCGUCAAUGAGGCAGGGGCAGGGUACGGUGCCGGUGCGGGCAAGAAGGCGCCCAUCAACCUCUACAACUUCCCCACCAAUAUAAACCCAUCAAUGGUUUCCAGUGGUUUUGACGACAUCUCGGCAAUGUCGCUGAGGAAGCGCCGUGACCGAGACACCCGCCCAAAAAGUCUCAUUCGCGAGCACGAGACGCUGCACAAUCAGCGGUCGAGUAUAUCGUCGUGCAGCAGCGCCGACUCCUAUGGAUCGUACGCCAGCUACGGCAGUUACGCCAGCAAUGAGGACAAUCGUACGGCCACGCUGAUUGAGUCACUGAAAAACGGCCUAGACACGCCUUCGGUGGGCAGCACUGAAGAUGACACUGACCGCAGUCUUGAUUUGAGCAGUCGAAAUUCUAGCCACUUAGAGGAUGAUUUGCUCAAGCCGAGCGACUUUAAGGGUUCUCGUGAGUCAUUCAACCUAUGGGAGACGACAAAGAAGCCAUCAUCAGCACUGAACGGCACAGCCACCCCUACCAGUCCCACCUCAACCUUUCUCAAUGGCAAUGGAGCCGUUGGCAACACUGCCGCCACAACAGCAGCAGCAACAACUGCUGCUGCUGCUGCUGCUGAUUCGUCAUUUGGCGGUCUAACUCGACAGCCCAGUUUGAAGGAGAAAAAGUCCUGGAUGCUGUCAAUGAUGUACAGCAAAAACAGCGAGGAGGCACCAAAGUCGCCCAGCUACGUGAAGCCCACCAUCAAUGGCACAGCGAACGUCGUCUGGAACGGCGCUCUAAAAACGGCCGAGGCGACGGUCACUCCGUCUCCCACCGUGGUCAACGAUCUCCUCAACCUGAACAACAAAGCCAGCGACUCGGUAAAGUGUCUCAAGGAGAAGUUCAGCCAGCCCAAGGUGGCAGAGCAGGCGGUGGUGAAUGGCAACCUGCAGAGGGUACCGCUUGGGGGAGGUAAGGAGCUAGGUGAUGUCAACAAGGCCAACAACCUCGAGUACCUUCAGUGGGAGCAGCUAGUUAACCAGCUGUCGCGGCCGCUGCUCAUCAACGACCUCGACUUCACUGACCUCAGAGACGAAGAUGACAAUGACGUCUGUGCGCCGCCAGCAGUGACGGUAGUGCCCGGUGGGCCUCCACCACCGCCUCCUCCCUGCAAUGGUCUGAUGCCACCUCCGCCUCCUCCUCCGAUGAUGGGCACGCCGCCACCGCCUCCAAUGCCGCCCUGCACGCCUCCACCGCCUCCUCCGCCCAGAUUUGGCGGGCCAAGUCUGGGCAACUGGUCGGCAAUGAACGGUCGUGGGCAGAACACGCCUUCUCCACCGGUGCCACCGUCACUGCCUUCCGAUCCAAAGUCAAUAGCCAAGGGAAAGAAAACGAUUAAGCUCUUCUGGAAGGAGGUGAAAGAGGACAAAUCACUGCUCAGUCGAAUCAUGAAAAAGAAAACCAUCUGGGACGAGAUCAAGCCCAUUCCUAUUGACACGACGAAACUUGAGCACCUUUUUGAGAGCCGUGCAAAGGAAAUCAUCAACAAGAAAUCACAAGACUCAGGAAAAAAGAAUGAAAUUUUAGUGCUGGACACUAAAAGGUCAAAUGCCAUCAACAUUGGCAUGACAAAGCUACCUCCACCGCGCACCAUCAAAACGGCCAUCCUAAAGAUGGACCCGACCAUCAUGAACAGAGAGGGCAUUGAUAAGAUUCUCACCACGAUGAUGCCCACUGAAGAAGAGAAGAACAAAAUCAUCGAGGCGCAGAUAGCCAAUCCUGAUGUGCCACUUGGUCAGGCAGAGUCCUUCCUCUUGACGCUCUCCUCCAUUACCGCUCUGGAAGCACGCCUACGCUUGUGGGCGUUCAGACUUGAUUACGAACAAAUGGAGAGAGAAGUGGCCGAACCGUUGAUGGACCUGAAGCAGGCAAUCAUUGAGCUGGAGAAGAGUGAGACAUUCAAAAUUAUCCUCGGAACGCUGAGGUCGAUUGGUAGCUUCCUGAAUGGUGUCGAGACAAAGGGCUUUCAGAUUGAGUACCUCGCUAAGGUGCCGGAAAUCAAGGACACCGUGCACAAGCACUCACUGUUGCACCAUCUCUGUCAUAUGGUGAUGGAGAAGUACCAGAACACAACGGACCUCUACUCAGAGUUGGGCGCUGUGUCGCGAGCCUCAAAGGUGGACUUUGAAGAGCUAGGCAAGAGCCUGACCAAAAUGGAGCACGACUGCAAGGCCUCAUGGGAGCACUUAAAGGUGGUGGCCAAACACGAUGGCUCCUCUCCCAUGAAGGUCCGCAUGUCAGAGUUCUUGGCCGAGUGUGCAGAGCGGAUCAUUGUCCUGGGCAUCAUCCACAGACGGGUGCUCAACCGUUUCAAAAAGUUCCUCGUUUUUUUGGGCAUGCCCUCUUCAGCCAUCAAAGAGAACAAGCCUAAUUCACUGCUGAAAACGGUCAGUGAGUUUGCGCUGGAGUACCGCACCACCAGAGAAAGGGUCAAGGAGCAGCUGGAGAAGAAGGCAAAUCAUCGAGAGCGCAAUAAAACACGUGGAAAGAUGAUCACUGAGAUGGACAAGUUCAACAUUCGACCUGCCAGUAUGGUGGUGAACACCAAGGAACAACAGGCUGACCUUGAUCUGAAGAAAAUACUGAAUCGAUCGAACGACCUCGAGACGGAGGCCUACUCAGGAAAUGGUACCACAAAGUGGGGCACGCUGCCGGGCACUAAGCUUCGCCGGCCAUCGACUGGCUCAAUGAGCAAUCUGAGCAACAUCAGCAAUGGCAGCUCCAAUGGCAGCGGUGUCAUCAGCAAGGGCGGGCGGCAGAUGCACGCCUACAGGCACAGUGUGCACAUUGAGACGCCGUACACUGAGGGCGAAGACGAGAUCCUCGAGAGCCUGGUCCGCUCCACCACACAGCAGCCUCUAAGAGCCAAUGAGCGCAGUCGUCGUAAAGCUCGCUACGGCGACCGAAAGUCAUUGAGACGAACACUCCGUGGCAAUCUGGACCUGUCCGAAGAGGAGCGACUGAUGCUAGCGGCACUGGCCACCUAG